AUGAGCGGCUGCGGGAGGAAGGCCUUGACCCUGCUGAGCAGCGUCUUUGCUGUCUGCGGCCUGGGUCUCCUGGGCAUCGCCGUCAGCACCGACUACUGGCUGUACCUGGAGGAGGGAGUGAUCCUGCCCCAGAACCAGAGUACUGAGAUCAAGAUGUCCCUGCACUCGGGACUCUGGCGGGUCUGCUUCCUUGCAGGUGAGGAGCGGGGACGCUGCUUCACCAUAGAAUAUGUGAUGCCCAUGAACACCCAGAUGACAUCCGAGUCCACGGUCAACGUUCUAAAAAUGAUUCGCUCGGCCACUCCAUUCCCUCUGGUCAGCCUGUUCUUCAUGUUCAUUGGGUUUAUCCUGAGCAACAUUGGCCACAUCCGUCCCCACAGGACAAUACUGGCCUUUGUCUCUGGCAUCUUCUUUAUCCUCUCAGGUCUGUCGCUCGUGGUGGGCCUGGUGCUCUAUAUCUCCAGUAUCAACGAUGAGAUGCUCAACAGGACCAAGGACGCGGAGACCUACUUCAACUACAAGUAUGGGUGGUCGUUCGCCUUCGCCGCCAUCUCCUUCCUUUUAACAGAGAGUGCUGGGGUGAUGUCUGUGUACCUGUUCAUGAAGAGGUACACUGCCGAGGACCUGUACAGGCCUCACCCCGGCUUCUACCGCCCUCGUCUGAGCAACUGCUCCGAUUACUCAGGCCAGUUCCUGCACCCGGACGCCUGGGUCCGAGGCCGCAGCCCCUCCGACAUCUCCAGCGACGCCUCCCUGCAGAUGAACAGCAACUACCCAGCCUUGCUCAAGUGCCCUGAGUACGACCAGAUGUCGUCUUCUCCCUGCUGAGCCUCGGCCACCUCUCUCCCUGGACUGGGGACAACCAGACAGCCCUCCCUGUCUCCCCUGCUGGUCCCUGAGCCCCAAGCCUGUGGUUGGCCGGCCAGGCCGCUCCAUGCUUCACUGUUGUUACUUGACCGGUCCUUCCCCUUAUUCCCCCAAGUAGCUCUCACUGUCCCCUGUGUGGGAGUGGGAGAGUCUGGAGUCAGGGGGUGAGCUGAUUGGCUGAGAGCUGGUGAAGCCCCACCUCUGGAGUGCCAAUCAAAGCAGUGGCUCUGGGAAGCAGCAGGUUGGCCCAGGCCAGAGGCUGGAGUUCUAGGUGAACAUCGUUCCUGCACCGCCCACCCCAGGGCCCCAGGCCAAGGCCCACUCUGAGGUGCCAAGUUCCUCCCACAGACCCACCUGGACCCCUGUGCUUGCCAAGAAGCGUGAUCCUCACGCUCAUGAUCUGGGCCAUCGGGCCAAAAGGUGACUCAGUGUGGAGGUUCGGCUGCUCAGAAACGUCAGGCAGGCAGUAUUCCUUCUGAAAUCCUUAUCCCUUCUCGUCAACCCUUCUCUCCAUACCACGUGGGUCUGUGACCCCUCAACCCCAGGCUGUGUAUCUGCCCUCCUCCUCCCACCAGAGCUCAGCUGGGGACCUGGGCCCUAAGGGGCUGUUAAGGGCCAAGGAUAUCUUAUUAUGUAUGGCCCCUCGAUAACACAUUCGAAGGGGUCUUUAAUGCCUUAACCCAAAGAAGGGAUGCUGAGAGGAUUUUUGAGUUUGUCUGGCCUGAGUUGUCAUCACCAGGGACUCUUUACUGCCCUGGGGACAUGGUCUCUGCUUAACAAGGGCAGUAUUUGCAGACCAGGGCCCUAAAAUCUAAUCAUGCACAGAUUGUCUAUACCACCUAAAUAGAAGGCAGCUUUCAAAGUGGGUCUUGGACUGGAUUUAUGACACUGGGUGUGUUUCGAGCCUAAGCAGCCAGACCCAGAAUGAUGGACUCCUGAGGUCUGAACAUUCAGGGGCUGCCCAGGUAGAAUAUGGAGCAUCUGCUUCCUAUUAUGGGACCCACAUGGAAAAAUCAGAUAGCUCCAGAAGACAAGGCAGCUUGAGGCCUGUCUCCUGGUGGGAAACAAGAGAUGAGGAGGUUUGACACACUUUGCCCAAAGUCCUGGGAGUCCCUGGGAGCCAGUGUAAGCCAGGACCCCUUCGGUUCUCUGGGUGUCAGCUCUGCUUGUACAUUUUGGGGUUUGAGAUCUUGAGCAGCAAAACAACGCCGAGCUCUCUCUGCUGUGUGAUUUUGCUAUGCCAGCUGUUCCUACUCUCUUGAAGAUACCCCUAGGUUCUUUUUUCUUUGCUUUUUAAUUUUGCCAGAAGGCGUGUGUGCCCGCCACAGAGAGAC